AUGGACGUGGACAUGGACGUGGACGUGGACGUGGACGUGGACGUGGACGGACGUGGACGUGGACGUGGACGUGGACGUGGACGUGGACGUGGACGUGGACGUGGACGUGGACGUGGACAUGGACGUGGACAUGGACGUGGACGUGGACGUGGACGUGGACGUGGACGUGGACAUGGACGUGGACGUGGACGUGGACGUGGACGUGGACGUGGACGUGGACGUGGACGUGGACGUGGACGUGGACGUGGACGUGGACGUGGACGUGGACGUGGACGUGGACGUGGACAUGGACGUGGACGUGGACGUGGACGUGGACGUGGACGUGGACGUGGACGUGGACGUGGACGUGGACGUGGACGUGGACGUGGACAUGGACGUGGACGUGGACGUGGACAUGGACGUGGACGUGGACGUGGACAUGGACGUGGACGUGGACAUGGACGUGGACGUGGACAUGGACGUGGACGUGGACAUGGACGUGGACGUGGACGUGGACGUGACGUGGACGUGGACGUGGACGUGGACAUGGACGUGGACGUGGACGUGGACAUGGACGUGGACGUGGACGUGGACGUGGACAUGGACGUGGACGUGGACACGUGGACGUGGACGUGGACAUGGACGUGGACGUGGACGUGGACGUGGACUGGACGUGGACGUGACGUGGACGUGGACGUGGACAUGGACGUGGACGUGGACGUGGACAGGGUCGUGGACGUGGACGUGGACGUGGACGUGGACAUGGACGUGGACGUGGACGUGGACGUGGACGUGGACGUGGACGUGGACGUGGACAUGGACGUGGACAUGGACGUGGACAUGGACGUGGACGUGGACGUGGACGUGGACAUGGACGUGGACGUGGACGUGGACGUGGACAUGGACGUGGACGUGGACGUGGACAUGGACGUGGACGUGGACGUGGACGUGGACGUGGACAUGGACGUGGACGUGGACGUGGACGUGGACAUGGACGUGGACGUGGACGUGGACGUGGACGUGGACGUGGACGUGGACGUGGACAUGGACGUGGACGUGGACGUGGACGUGGACAUGGACGUGACAUGGACGUGGAACGACGUGGACGUGGACGUGGACGUGGACGUGGACGUGGACGUGGACAUGGACGUGGACGUGGACGUGGACGUGGACGUGGACGUGGACGUGGACGUGGACGUGGACGUGGACGUGGACGUGGACGUGGACGUGGACAUGGACGUGGACGUGGACGUGGACGUGGACAUGGACGUGGACGUGGACGUGGACAUGGACGUGGACGUGGACGUGGACGUGGACAUGGACGUGGACGUGGACGUGGACGUGGACGUGGACGUGGACAUGGACGUGGACGUGGACGUGGACGUGGACAUGGACGUGGACGUGGACGUGGACGUGGACGUGGACGUGGACGUGGACGUGUGA